GGAAGCGGAAGCCGCUCUUCCCUGGCCGGAUCGGGCGGCGGCGGCGGCGGCGGCCGGUCUCUUGGCCUGCGGAGGCUGGGCUUGGGGGGUCUCUGCCGGGGUGGCGUCCGCUGGGCUUUGCUCUUCCAGCGCCGCGGCCGCUUCGCUUGGGAAUCGAGCGGCGCCGCCAGCCCAGCUCUGCCCUCCAGUCAUGGCAUCUUAUACCUGCAUCACUUGCUGUGUGGCCUUCAAGGACGCUGAAGUCCAGCGCGCCCAUUACAAGACUGACUGGCACCGAUACAAUUUGAAGCGGAAAGUUGCCAAGAUGCCUCCGGUCACUGCAGAGAACUUCCAGGAGCGGGUUCUGGCUCAGAGGUCUGGCCUGGAGCAACAGAGCCAAGCCACGCCAACCUACUGCACAGCUUGCAGCAAGCGCUUUUCCAACUUCAGUGCUUACGAGAACCAUCUCAAGUCCAAGAAGCACAUGGAGCUUGAAAAGAAAGCCGUGCAAGCGGUUAGCAAGAAGGUGGAGCUCUUGAACGAGAAGAACCUGGAGAAAGGGCUUUCUCAAGAUAACGUGGACAAGGAUGCUGUGAAUGCUGCUAUCCAGCAGGCCAUCAGAUCCCAGCCGUCGUCCUCACCAAAGAAGACCUCACUGUCAGCUAGUGAGGCUGCUGGUUCUCCAGUGGCCACCGAAAGCCGCAACUCACAGAGGAGUCGAGAAUGGGGGGAGAAACCACCCCGAGUCCAAUGGUUUAAACAGCAGGCCAAGAAGCUGACGAGGGAGUCUGACAUGGAAGGAGAGGAGGAGGAGGAAGGUUGGGAAGACAUCAGUUCGGAUGAGGAUGUAGAGUCUGAAGAAGAGCAGAAACAGGAAAGAAACAGUGAGGAAGUCGAAGAGAGCGGGGCUGGGCGAGGCCAUCUCAGUCCUGAGGCCACCCCAGUGACAGACUGCUUGUUCUGCUCCCACCAUUCCAGCUCCCUCAUGAAAAACGUGGCCCACAUGACAAAGGUGCACAGUUUCUUUAUCCCAGAUAUAGAAUAUCUUGUGGAUCUCCGAGGGCUGAUUAAGUACUUAGGUAAGUCUGUGAAAGCUUCGCCACCCUUAACCAUGUCCAUUUUGAGAGACUAACACAGCAUUACUCUGCAUUUUUCUUACUCCCACUAUGCCUUGCUGGAUGGGUAGAACCAAGAAGGAAACAAUUCUUAUGGAUAGUUUUCAGUGGAAAAACCAUCAGUUGAGAAGGGGUUGAAGAU